CGCCAUUUGCAUUCACCCUGAUGCCAUCCCCAAUCGACCGAUUAUCGACCCAAGGCUUCUUCUCCUCGGUCAAACAGAGUCGUUGGACGUUGACGCGAUGGCCACGGCGGAUCCAGUUCCACGGAGUUCUAUCAUCCCGUGUCCACUGGACGACCACAGAGGCCCGGGUCCUGCUCACCCUCAAUGACGACGACUUGCGUCACCGUGUCCGAGAGGCUUCAUAGUACGAUUCACCAUCUUCCUGCGGCCGCGGCGCCUGUCUAUCCUGUUGGAUCUCAUCCGCUGAUUCGCCCGCGGGCGCCGGCUUCGAAUCCCAUCUCAUUACCCACCGCCGCCCCAGCUCUCUCUACGUGCUUUGCACCGGCCACUGGCAGCCCCCCAAUGGGCACCCUGCCGACGGCCACAUUGACACGUCCGCUCAAAAGGAGGCGUGUCAAGCCCUUACCAGCGCGUUCCCCGAAGCCGAGGAUGCCCCUAGACGCACUAUGGUGCACAGGGCGGAAGCGAAGAGAGACCGCCACCGCCAUCGCCGCGUCAACAUUCACGUCCCCGAAGUCAGGCCCCUUCGUCCCUCCCGAGAGUUGCGAGUUCGCCCCGAAUCUGCCCAACCUUCCUACUACGGAGUCGUCCACGUUGAAGUCCGCGCUCACAAAGCCUCUCCGAGGCGGGCCGCGCUUCGCGCUCCGAGCCCUCCUCUCUUCGCGUCGAUUCUCCCACACUUCAAACCGAAGGGCGUCCUACCUCAAAGCGGAGGACGACAAUGACGACGACAGAGAGAAUGAUGAGCAACCGGCACAAGGUCGCCCGCCCUCGUCAGUCUCGGCGGAAGCUCGCACAUGGGUCCGUGUGUGCCUUCAGUGGGACGUCCCUAGACAUGUGGGCACACAUGAGAACUACGCACAAGGUGCUAGCGAAGGAAGUCGCGGUCCCCGAGGUUGUGCGCUGCGGGUGGGAUGGCUGCGUUUAUAGCGCGCUGUUGGAACACAUGGCCUAACACUGGACCACGACGCACAACAGCGCUCUCUUGGAGUGCAAAAGUCUCAUACGCGCCCACCAGGCAGCGCGUGUCACCUGCCAGUUGUGUCCUCAUGCGGGCGGAGGUGCGGGUAGCGGCGAUGGGAAAAGGAAAGAGAAGGCAAAAAGGGCUAACGGGACGAAGAUGAUGAGGGCCUCGUCAAGCACCUGAGAACUGCGCA